AUGGGACAAGAGCACGGCCAUCGACGGCUCUCGGCUAAGCUGCUGUCGCACAAUCUGCUGGACCGCUCGGCCCACCAAGACCCUGGCAGGACCUCGAUCCCGAUGAAGCCCGAGGCGCAGGGGGUCGUGCUGGCCGACCGCUCCGCAGCUGAUCGGGAGUUGUUCCGAGAGGCCAGAGGAGAAGGAGGAGGAGGAGAAAUGGGAGGAGAAGGAGGAGACGAGACAGCGACGAGGCAUAAGAAAGGCCCCAGAGAGGCAACCACGAGGCUACGAAGAUGCAACACUCCAACGAUGCAACGCUGCGGCCUUGCAAUCCCGCAGCGUUGCUGUGCAGCUUCUGCAAGCGCGCUGGCGGAUGCGCGCGACAGCGCAACUGCAUACCCACUAGCAAGGUCACUAGGUUGA